AUGGAUGAAAAAAAUAAACUUGAAUUUAAAGAAUAUACUCGCUGUGCUGCAGAUAAGUCUUCUGUUUGGCAACAUUUUUUGCGGACAUCAGAUGGCCUUCAUGCUCAAUGCAAGAUGUGUAAAAAAGUAUUUAAAACCUCUGGAACAACUUCAAGCCUGCAUAAUAAUCUUAGACUUGUUCAUUCUAUCCAGUUAGUUAAAAAAACAUCUAACUAUUCACUUCCGUCAACAUCUCAAAAAGAUAUGUCAUUAGAUUCCGAUGUCAUAAUGACGCCAGCAACAAAAAAGGCUAAAACAAUAAAUGACUUUUUUCAUGUGAAGGAAGAAGAUGACUUAGAUACUAUACUUGCGAAAAUGACAGCAGUAGAUGGUGUACCAUUUAAAAUAUUCUGUUCUUCGGAAUCAAUGAGAAAGCUAUUUGGAAAAGCUGCUUACAAAGAUUUGCCUAAAUCACCAAAUACAAUAAAGAAAAAGGUUCUGAAUAAAAGUGAGCUACUGAAAAAAGAAGUAAAAAAGGAGCUUAAUGAUAUUAAGACAGCAGGAAAAAAAUUGGCUAUAAGCCUAGAUGAAUGGACAAGUGCACGUAAUCGCAGAUAUGUGAACUGCGCUGUCCUGGACGUGCUAUACAAAGCUGAUAACACAGAAGGUAACACCGGCAUCACUGUUAACAGACCUUGCGAUAGCUCUGACUCUGAGGACGAAAGUGAUAUAGAGAACGAAGAUAAAAAUCGUUUUGUCACCGAAGCUGACCCCAGUGGGGUCAUUCCCAAGCUGGUUUAUAAAGAAUUGAUAACUAAAGUCCGGAAAAUAGUAAAAUUUCUCAAAGGUUCGCCUACUCGCAUGGAUAUACUCAAUUCUUACCUGGAGUCCAAAUCUAAAGACACGACACUGAUCCUCGAUUGCAAGACUCGUUGGAGCAGCCUUGCUGAUAUGAUAGCAAGAUUUCUAGAAUUCAAAGACGCAAUUCAAAAGACAUUAAUUGAUCUCAAAGAGAAGACUACCUUUUCAGAUACUGAAAUAUUAAUUUUGAAAGAUAUGUCUAGUUCUCUCAAUUUCAUAAAGGCCAUAGUUGAAGAACUUUGCGAGCGAAAAUCAAACUUACUAAUCGCAGAAAUUGCACUUCAAUUCAUGAUGGAAAAAUUGGCGAUGAAUCCAGACGUUAUUAGUGGCCAGCUUAAAGAAGCUUUAAAUAGAAGAAUCUUGCAGAGGAGAAACGCUACACUGGAAUCCCAUGCGGAAAUAAUAGCCUUAAUUGUAAAAAUCAAUGAGACUUAUUUUUGCAAAGAUAAAGCUGCUACAACUGUCUUUGAAGCUGAAGAUGGCCUGCCUUUAAGAGAAAUACAAAGACAGCAGCGCCUUGAAGAUGAGAGGGAACAGGAGACAGCCAAGACAUUCAAGGAACAGUUAAAGACAAAAGUUAAUGAAUCCUUGCACAAUACUGCUGAGGUAUCAACAAAACAUUUGUCCGAAAACGAUGACUUGGAAACACACGUUAUCAUCCCUGAAUCUGUUUUGAUAGAACUGCACGGCUUUGCGGACAGCUCAAUGACCGCGUACGGGGCAGCUAUGUACCUACGGUCUAUAGAUGCCAACGGUAACGUAUUAGUGCGUUUAUUAUGCGCGCAAACGAGAAUCGCUCGUGAUGAAACUAUACCUAGAUUAGAGUUGAGAGCAGCUCAUUUAUUAGCCAACUUAAUGCACAAGGUUCGUCAUGUUUUGGAUCUUCAAUCGUCCAAAAUGUUUUUAUGGUCUGAUUCAAAUAUUGUAUUGGCAUGGAUAAAGACAAAUACGCCUUCCAAAUUGAUACCACUUGUAAAAAAUCGAGUAAUCGAAAUUAUAAAUUACACCAAAUCGGACGACUGGCAUUGGGUUCCGUCCGCUGAUAACCCAGCUGAUCUUUUAUCUAGGGGUGUUCCAGCGGCUAAGUUGACGCAGACAACCAUGUGGUGA